GGCAGGGCGCCUUGCUGAUUGGCUGGCUGGGGACUCGGCCUCUGGGGACUGCGCAGCGGCCGCGCUGGCCCCUGUCCGGUCCUUCGGCCUUGCUCUCUCGGCCGCGAGCUCUCUAUGGUGCUGGCCGCGACAUGUGGCGCCUGGCAGGGCUCCUGGGGCGAGUUCUUCCCCGCCUACUGGGACCUGGCUUCCGAGGAGUAACACCCAGGCCCACCAGUUCAGAUGGGCCUCAGACAACCUUCACUACCCCGCUGCUUCCUAAAUCCAACCUUGACAAGUCAGGUUCCUAUGGUCCAAGGAGGAACAGAGACCCAAAGUGCCAUAGGUGGAAAGAUGCCUUCCACUGGAUGUCUGCUCCUGUCUCCCCAAACACUCUUCGGGAUGCCGUCUCAUGGGGCACUCUGGCUGUGCUGGCCUUGCACCUGGCGAGGCAGAUCCACUUCCACGCACCCUUGGUAGCAGGACCUCAGCCAGCUGACCGCUGCUCUUGGCACAAUCCCCUGUACCGCUUCCUCUACUCUUCCUGGUGGCACCCACAGUCCUCACUUCGGAGGCACGUUCUUCCCAGGCCUGACCACCCGACUCCUACGUACACUGGCCUCAGGGAACCAAGGCUGGGCCAGAAAGAGCCCUCAGCUCAGCCCCCGUCCUGUCCUUCUGACUGCUCCCUGAGAGCUGGCCUUCUGAACCUACCUGAAGAAGAGCUCAGUGACUUUGACUUCCUGCAUGCCAGUGGGGACUUCACAUCCCAGGCAAAGGCGAACGAGGCCUGCCCUCCUGGAGAAAAAAAUGAACAAGACAAGUCCAAGGCUCUUCCCCUAGAGGAGGCUGUGACUUCCAUCCAGGAACUCUUUCAGCUCAGUGUUGCCAUCGCUUUCAACUUCCUGGGGACAGAGAACAUGAAGACGGGGAACUACACAGCAGCCUUUUCUUACUUCCAGAAAGCCGCAGACCGUGGCUACAGCAAAGCGCAGUACAAUGUGGGCUUGUGUCUCGAGCAUGGCAGAGGCACCCCUAGGGACCUCAGCAAGGCUAUCCUCUUUUAUCGCCUGGCCGCCACCCAGGGCCACAGCCUGGCUCAGUACCGCUAUGCCCGGUGCUUGUUGCAAAGUUCAGGCUCUUUGUCAGACCCUGAGGGGCAGAGGGCAGUGUCUAUGUUGAAGCAGGCUGCAGACUCUGGCUUGACCGAGGCCCAAGCGUUCCUUGGGGUGCUUUUCACCAAGGAGCCCCACCUGGAUGAGCAGAGAGCCGUGAAAUACCUAUGGCUGGCAGCCAGCAAUGGGGACUCUCAGAGCAGAUUCCACUUGGGAAUAUGCUACGAGCGGGGCCUUGGCGUUCGGAGGAAUCUGGGCGAGGCUGUGAAGUGCUACCAGCAGUCAGCAGCUCUGGGGAACAAACCCGCCCAGGAGAGGCUUCGGACCCUCUUUAAUGUGGAGGCCGCAGCCCCAGGGCCCAGCAACCUGGCCAUGACAGGACUGAAGUCUUUCUCCAGCCCCUCCCUCUGUAGCCUGAACACCCUGUUGGCAGGUGCCUCAGGCCUGCCUCAUGCCUCAAGCACUGGGAACCUCGGCCUCCUCUGCAGAGGGAGCCAUCUUGGAGCCAGCCAUGGAGCCCCCAGCAGGGCUAUACCAUCCUUGGAAAGGAGUCUCCUGAGACUGGGUUUUGGCUAAGCCUCACAAGUAACACCAAAAAUACUCAUUCGGUGACCCCAGAAACCCUUGUCACCGUUGCCUUUGUUUUUGAGCAAAUAACUAACCUCUGUUCCUGUGCCUCAGUUUCCCCACCUCAGACCAUAUUAUAGUUUGCCAGUAACCCUUGAUGUGUGCAUGCCCCUGGUAGUUGACAAGAUUUUACGUGGCAUGUAAAUCAAGAUGCUUUACUUUAGUAAUAUGUUUAAUAUAUAAUGCCAAAUAUAAUGAGCAAAUUGGCCUAUA